GGGAUGCCUUCUCUUCUUCUCUCGUCGCGUCUCGCCAUUGCUCUCCCCGAUCGAGUGCGGCUCCCAUGAGGUGAAGCCUGCAGGUUUCUGGUGAUCUGAGCUUAAUCAUACAUAAUGUGGAACUGCUCUGCAUCAUCCUCUCUGCUUCUACCGCUCAGCGACGAUUACAUUGCAGUGAAAUGUGAAGUGCCGUCUAAUUCACCUGCCAGAACUAUAGGUUUUGACAAAAUGCUAGCCGCGGACUAUGAACUGUUCAAUCACUUGAGCUUCUCGCCGUCGCCUCAGAAUCUACAGUCGCCAACGUUUUUUACCACGAGAAGUUCAGACAGCUACUUAGGAGAGAGCUCGAUGUAUGGUGCCGGUGCCAGGCCUGCAUUUGCGCAGUUCAGCUAUGCCCAGCCAACUGAUGCUACUUCUGCCGCUCAUUUGGUGAGAUGGACGGCGGCGGGGGAGCGGACGACCGGCGACAGCGGCGGCGGCGGUUUCAGGGGCUCCAAGAGGCUCAAGACGACAGCACCUACGGCGGCGACAACGCAAGGCCCACGGCAUGGGCUGAAUUGCCAUGCAAAGCCUAGAAAUCAGCCUGCAAAGGCAACGUGUAAGAGGAGCCAAAAGCUGGGCGACAAGAUCACAGCGCUGCAGCAAUUAGUUUCACCUUACGGCAAGACGGAUACGGCGUCGGUGCUCCAAGAAGCCGCCGCCUGCAUACGGCAACUCCACCACCAAAUCCAGAUUUUGACAGCUCCCUACCCUCCUGGAACAAGAUCUUCCUCUGCACCGUCGCAGCAGGAUGCCGGAGGAGAAGGAACGACGACGGAGCUGCGCCGGAGAGGGCUGUGCGUGGCGGCGGUGUCGCCGGCCAUCGUGAGCCUCGUGGCGGAGGGCGCCGCCGGGCACGGCCACCGUCGCACGGACGUGGAGGAGAAUCAGAGGAGAAUCUGGUUCGGCAACCGGUAGCCGCCAGGGCCCAGGAGGACACGAGACGUGGCGAGCGGCGACUUUCUUGAACUUUUGCUCUAAUCGGAGCUACGGAAUACUUAAAUUAAUUCGAUAUUUUGAUCACGUCCACGAGGUUACAAUGUGUCGUUACACGUCGCUUAAAAAAGUUGCUGGAGCGACGUUCGGAGCUAGGCUUGCCCUCGAGUCAAUAAAAAAACUAGUCUCCCGACUGUAAUGCUAUACACCUGAAAUGUAUUGUGUUCUGAGAUUGAAUUAGCGGGAA